AUGGCUGCAAGCUGGCUGACCUCCCCCAUUCAACUGACAGGGAGCCGCGAGUUCACUUGUGAUGGCUUUACAACGGAGCAGUGCGAGUACUACAUGCAUCGAUGGCAUUUUUGGUACAUUGCAGAUUAUGUCUACGCGCUGCCGACAAUAGCAUUUUUCAUGUGUUCACUUGGAAUUUUCAUCAUCGGCAACUUCAUAUCAUCGCAACUACUGGGUUAUCGCAGGUUUCGCGGCCCUCGUUUAUGGCAGAAAUUGAUAGCUGUGAUCCGAUACUUAUCUUACCGUGGCUUCCACGUCAAGGCACUGCGAUGGAAUUCGGCACCCUUAGGGGUUCUAUUACUGGGUGCUGCAGGGACUAUUUAUUUCUUUUGCAUGGACCUCAUUCCCCAGCCCUACUACUGGCCAAGUCUGGAUUUUGGUGGCUCACCCCCACUGGCAACCAGAUCGGGUUGGAUGGCUUUGGCAUGUAUGCCAUUUAUCUUCGCCACCGCCACGAAGACGAAUUGGAUCACACUACUCACGGGUGUUUCCCAUGAGAAGCUCCAGGUAUUCCACCGAUGGAUAUCCUACGCCUUCUUCAUUCUUGCGUUACUACACACAUUCCCUUUCAUCGUCUAUCAUGUAAGAUUUCAUGAUAUGAUGAUGCAAGUGGAGAUGAGCCUCCUUUUCUACUGGACAGGCAUUGUCGCCAUCAUCUUCCAGGCUUGGCUUACAUUUGCAUCUCACAGUGUAAUCCGAAAACUCGGUUACGAGUUUUUCAAGGCGACACACUUUUUCGCUGCCGCCAUGUUCGUUCUGAUAUUCUUUUGGCACUGCGAUUAUACCCUCACCUCUUGGCACUACUUCAUCGCGACGGCAGCCGUAUACGUUCCCUGCUUCAUCUUCCCCUUGCUACGGACCUGUUUUGAGUAUGGAUUUCGACAAAAGGCCCAGAUCUCUGUGGAAGAAAAUGGAUUUACUCGCAUCACCAUUCCAGUGAACUUCAGUUGGCAUCCUGGACAGCACUGCUUCCUCCGCUUUACAAGCUUCGGUCUCUUACAAGCUCUCUCGGCCCAUCCUUUCACCAUAUGCUCUUUGCCAUCAAGACAGCCAGGCGUAAAGUCUGAGCUCGUCUUCUAUAUUCGUCAUCAAGGCGGGUUCACAGCCCAGAUUUACGAAUAUGCCAUGAAGAACCCCAAUGCCACAGUACCUGUGCUCAUUGAUGGUCCGUAUGGAGGCAUCAAUAUGCAGUCAUAUUACGAAAGUGACCAUCUCCUUGUCAUUGCAGGAGGCUCGGGCGUUGGUUGGACUUUGCCGUUCAUUGAGCAAUUUAUCGCAUGCCGCUCUACACCAACUGACGAAGAAUGUGGCCGAGCUGAAGAAGUUGACAGCGAAAAAGUAGCAAGUGAUGACGAACUCCGCCAUGCUUAUAAGCUGUCUAUGCCCAGCUCUCUGCGACUGAUACUUGCGACCAGAGACAUUAGCAGCCGAACUUGGUAUGUUCAAGCAGUCAACAAGCUCCUGGCAGAGCACUCAGUGACAAAUCCACUACACAACAUUCACAUUCAGGUGCAUCUGACCGGCGACGCUAUAAAAGACAAUAAUUCUACAAAACAGGUCCAGGAGCAUCCGGCAGUUUUGGAAGGUCAGUCCUCGUUGCCACAAAGAAUCAGUGGUGAGGGGAAUCAAGCAGAAAUCUCCACACUAGCUGAAGAGUGCGAAGGCCGACCACAGCUACCUGUGAUUAUCCAAGAAGCAGCAAGGGCAGUGGAAGCAAGUGAAUCGCUUGGGGUCUAUGUCUGUGGGCCAACUACCAUGCAAAAUGAUGUUCGUAACGCGGUUGCAGACGUGAACUUGAACAUCUUCAAAGGUUCGAAGUCGGCAGGAGCUUAUUUACACUGCGAGCACUUCUCUUGGGCAUAA